AUAAAUAGAAUUUGCAAAAAAAACAAAAAGAAGAAGAAGAAGAAGAAACCCUAACAUUUUGAGAGAUCUGAAAGCCUUAUUGUUGUCAGGUGAGGCAGGGGAAUCUUGCUCAAGUUCAAAGCCACUAGUUUUCCAUCUCAAGUUCUUUUUUUGAGAUUUAGUUAUUGGAAUGAUUUUUUUUCAGAAGCUGUUAGUUUUGGAAAUUGAAUGUUGAUGAAAAUCUGCUAAGUAGUUAAGAAAUUUGUCGAAUUGCAGGUUAAGGAUUUUAAUUCAGCUAGAUGUGGUUUUUUUGGGAUAUUUUAAGUGCUUGAGUUGAAUGGGCACUGUUGAUUAUGGUUUAGGAAUUUAUAGGGUUUAUGUCAUAGCUACUGGCUACUCUGUUAUAAUUGGGGCUUUCCUUACCUAAUUCUGAACUGUAAUAAAGAAAUGGGUGAAAUGUUUUGGGCAAAUGAGGAAGAUAAGGCUAAGGUGGAAUCUGUUUUGGGCACUGAAGCCUGCGACUACUUGAUAUUGUUGGCUUCUAAGAACAUGUUGUCAGAUUUCAUCUCUCCACCACCUAGUUAUUUGGGUCUGCAACAAAAGCUUUGCGAGGUCGUAGAGAGGUCAAAUUGGAACUAUGCAAUUUACUGGCAAGUGUCAAGCUUGAAAUCUGGUGGAUCGAUCUUGAUUUGGGGUGAUGGGCAUUGCCGGGAUCUUAAGCUUGGUGGAGUUGGUGAUGCAAGUUGCUCAGCGGAUGCCAAAUUGGAAGGGGUUGAGAAGAUAAAUGAGGUGAGAAAGCAGGUACUCCAGAAGCUUCGUGCAUGCUUUGGUGGGUCAGAGGAGGAUAACUAUCCUGCUAAGUUGGAUGGCGUGUCGGAUAUGGAAAUGUUUUAUCUCACUUCGAUGUUCUUUAAAUUUCAUUGUGAUGCAUCAUAUGGUCCUGCAGAAUCCUAUAAGUCAAGCAAACCAAUUUGGUCCUCAGAUUCGAAUUGUUGUUCAGAUCAUUAUCAAUCAAGAUCAUUUCUAGCUAGAUCUGCUGGAUUGCAAACAGUGGUUUUUGUACCUGUGAAGUCUGGUGUGGUUGAGCUUGGAUCCAUCAAUUUGAUUCCUGAAGAUCAGAAUGCUGUGGAGAUGGUGAGUGCUAUGUUUGGUGGAUCGAGUUCUGUACAGGCAAAAACUGUACCAAAGAUAUUUGGACGUGAACUAAGUUUGGGUGGUUCGAAGUCUCAGUCAAUUAGUAUUAACUUCUCUCCGAAAAUGGAAGAUGAAUCAGGCUUCAUGUUGGAAUCUUACGACGUUCAAGCUCUAGGUUCCAAUCAAGUUUAUGGUAACUCUUCUAAUGGAUGUCAAGGUGAUAGUGAAGCAAAGUUGUUUCCACAGUUGCUUGUUGGAGGUCUGAAUACACAAGCAAGAAUUUCUGGCGUGGAGCAUCCUAAAGAUGACUCACCUUCUUUACCUGAUGAGCGGAAACCAAGGAAGAGGGGAAGGAAGCCAGCCAAUGGGAGAGAAGAACCAUUGAAUCAUGUUGAAGCAGAGCGACAGAGGCGGGAAAAGCUUAACCAGCGAUUCUAUGCAUUAAGGGCUGUUGUCCCUAAUAUCUCUAAGAUGGACAAGGCUUCUCUGCUUGGUGAUGCCAUUACCUAUAUCACCGACCUCCAGAUGAAGAUUAGGGUCUUAGAAACUGAGAAGGAGAUGGUAAACAAUGGGCAAAAGCAGUUGUCAAUGCCUGACAUAGAUUUCCAGCAAAGGCACGAAGAUGUAGUUGUGACAAUGCGUUACCCUUUGGAUGCUCACCCAGUCUCUAAAGUCUUAAAAGCUUUGAAGGAAAAUCAAAUUGCAGCACGUGAAUCUGACGUAUCAACAACAGAUAAUGACAAGAUUGUUCACACCUUCACCAUUGGAGCCCCAGGUGGUGCUGCCGAACAAUUGAAGGAAAAACUGUUGGAUGCUUUAUCUAAAUGACCAAUCAGGUAACAGUUGUGUUGAUAAUGUGCAUCUAAGCGAAUGCUGUGCAUCAACUUGUAGAAAAAUGGGAUUCUGCAGUGACUAACAGAUUAGUGGCUAGUGCCUUUUGUUUCAAUGAAUCAUAUGUACCUUAGUUCUUUUAAAAGAUAUGUAUCCCCCAGAGUGCAUGGAUUAGAUGCAUGACAAGGGAACACUCUUAGCUUGUACUACAUCUUAAAGACUUCCAAUUAGAAAUUCUAUCAGGGGUUGUGGCAUAGAAUCUUAUAUUUCCUUGUGUUGGUUUGCAAGUUGCAAUCUGUAUACCAUUACACUUCAUUUGUAUUCCUUGCAUAAUUUUUCUAGUUCCUCUUCUCA